CCCUUGUCAGGUGACACAUGACAGUGAAACUAUUACAGAAGGAUCCAUUUUGUCAUAUGAGAAAGUAAACCGCAUUUAGAGAGCAAAACAGCCAUUACUAUGGACUAAGUGUUUUGAGUCAGAGGAGGAUUUGCAAAAAAAAAAAAAAAAAAUUGAUGCAAUGGUUCAUAACUCACUCUGUGGCCAAACAACUGUAUCUGCUUUUAGAUGAAACCACAGCCUUCAGAAUGAAUCUCUCUGAAGAACCUGAAAUAAACAUAAAUACAGUCAAGCGUCUGACUCAGUGGGGUGAAUCAGAUUUACCUGAAGACAUCAGUGUGUCUGUGAGGGAAAAUCUUUCCGACCUCUGCAGAGAAGACAACUCUUCUGCUGUGCCCAGUCUGUGUGAGAAUGAAUCCCCUGAACCCAGCUGUGUGUCCAUGAAGAGUGACUGGUCAAUGGACCGUCCAAUUAAAUUCAGUUUGGGAGAAUCAUCUGCUGAUCUGAGUCAAAAACCUAAAGAAUCAGAAUCAUCUACGGCAAAGAAGAACAUAAACUCCAUUUUCAAGGAGCUUGAGCAGAAAAUUAUCUCUGUAAUGAAGACUGAGCUGGAAAGUUUUAGAAGACUGUUGAGUCCAGAUUACCCAGAAUGCUCUGAAAGAGACCGUAAUGCUGAUGAGGGUCAUAGCAGAAUCAGAGAGGGGGUUUUGAAGAUCGCACUGCACAUCCUGAGGAAGAUGAACCAGACAGACCUAGCUAACACACUACAGACCAAACUGAUGCCUGUGUAUCAACAAAAACUCAAAUCCAGACUACAGGAUAAAUAUCAGAGAAUCAAUGAAGGAAUGUCCAGUUAUGGAGAAUCAACACGUCUGAAUGAGAUCUACACAGAGCUCUACAUCACAGAGGGAGGCAGUGGAGAGGUCAAUAAUGAACAUGAGGUAAGACAGAUUGAGACAGUGUCCAGGAGACCAGAGACACAGGAGACACCAAUUAACUACAAUGAGAUAUUUAAACCCUUACCUGGACAAGACAAACCCAUCAGAACUGUGCUGACUAAAGGAGUCGCUGGAAUUGGAAAAACAGUCUCUGUGCAGAAGUUCAUUCUGGACUGGUCUGAAGGAAAAGCCAAUCAGGACGUUCAUUUCAUAUUUUCACUUCCUUUCAGGGAGCUGAAUCUGAUACAGAAAAAUCUCAGUCUUAAGCAACUUCUAAACCACCUUCAUACAGAAACCAAAGAAAUUAAAUCAACAGAUUAUGAUGACUAUAAAGUCAUGUUCAUAUUUGAUGGUCUGGAUGAGUGUCGGCUUCCUUUAGAUUUCCAAAACAAUCAGAGCUUGUCUGAUCUGACAGAAUCAGCUUCAGUGGAUGUGCUGCUGACCAACCUCAUCAAGGGGAACCUACUUCCUUCUGCUCUCCUCUGGAUCACCUCUCGACCAGCAGCAGCCAAUCAGAUCUCUCCUGAGUGUGUUGACCAGGUCACAGAGGUACGAGGAUUCAACGACCCUCAGAAGGAGGAAUAUUUCAGCAAGAGAAUAAAUGAUCAGAGUCUGGCUGACAGAAUCUUCACACACAUCCGAUCAUCAAGAAGUCUGUACAUCAUGUGUCACAUCCCAGUCUUCUGCUGGAUUUCAGCCACUGUUCUGGAGAGAAUGAUGGGUAAAGCAGAGAGUGCAGAGAUUCCCAAGACUCUCACACAAAUGUUUACACACUUCCUGAUCUUUCAGACCAAACUGAAGACUCAGAAGUAUGAUGGAAAAUACGAAAUCAAUCCUGGUCAGGCUAGAAAGACUAUUAUGUCUCUAGGAAAACUGGCUUUUGUACAGCUGGAAAAAGGGAACCUGAUCUUCUAUGAGGAGGACCUGAAAGAGUGCGGCAUUGAUGUCAGAGAAGUGUCAGUGCACUCGGGAGUUUGUACCCAGAUCUUCAGAGAGGAGUUUGGACUGCAGCUGGGGAAGGUGUACAGCUUUGUUCAUCUGAGUAUUCAGGAGUUUCUUGCUGCUUUAUUCAAGCUGCUAUCCUUUUCUGAACAUAACACAGGACUGUUGAAUAUGUCUGGGUCACCAAUAACCAGUUUACUGAAGGGAGAGGUGGACAAGGCCUUACAGAGUGAGAACGGACACUGGGACCUUUUCCUCCGGUUCCUUCUAGGUCUCUCACUAGAGUCUAAUCAGACUCUCUUAAAAGGCCUUCUGAGAAAGACAGUAAGCACUUCACACAACAAUUCAGAAACAGCUGAAUACAUUAAACAGAAGAUCAGGGAGAAUGGCUCUACAGAGAAAUCCAUCAACCUCUUCCACUGUCUGAAUGAACUGAAUGAUUGUUCACUACAGCAGGAAGUCCAAACAUACCUGAGCAGAACAGGUGCCCGUUGUCUCUCUGGAGUCAAACUGUCUCCUGCUCAGUGGUCUGCUCUGGUGUUUAUGCUGUUGAACUCAGAAGAAGAGCUGGAUGAGUUUAAACUGAGUAAAUAUGAUCCAUCAGAAGAAUGUCUACUGAGGCUGCUGCCAGUAAUCAAAGCAUCUAGAAAGGCUGAUCUUUCUAACUGUCGUAUUACACAGGAAGGCUGUGCCGCUUUGAUUUCAGCUCUGAGAUCAAACCCCUCACACCUGACAGAACUGAAUCUGAGUGAUAAUAAUCCAGGAGACCCAGGAGUGAAGCUGCUCUCUUCUCUACUGGAGGAUCCACACUGUAAACUGCAGAAACUACAGCUGUGGGGCUGCAGUAUUGGAGACGAAGGCUGUGUUGCUCUGAUUUCAGCUCUGAGAUCAAACCCCUCACACCUGACAGAAUUGAAUCUGAACUUUAAUAAACCAGGAGACUCAGGAGUGAAGCUGCUCUCUGCUGUACUGGAGGAUCCACACUAUAAACUGGAGAAACUACAGCUGAGUUCCUGCAGUUUUAGAGAGGAAGGAUGUGCUGUUCUGAUUUCAGCCAUGAGAUCAAACCCCUCACACCUGAGAGAACUGAAUCUAAACUGUAAUAAACCAGGAGACUCAGGAGUGAAGCUGCUCUCUGCUCUACUGGAGGAUCCACACUGUAAACUGGAGAAAUUACAGUUGUGGGACUGCAGUAUUGGAGAGGAAGGCUGUGCUGCUCUGAUUUCAGCUCUGAGAUCAAACCCCUCACACCUGACAGAACUGAAUCUGAGCUGUAAUAAACCAGGAGACUCAGGAGUUAAGCAGCUCUCUGCUCUAUUGGAGGAUCCACACUGUAAGCUACAGAAACUACUGCUGUGGGACUGCAGUAUUGGAGAGGAAGGAUGUGCUGCUCUGAUUUUAGCUCUGAGAUCAAACCCCUCACACCUGACAGAACUGAAUCUGAACAGUAAUAAACCAGGGGACUCAGGAGUGAAGCUGCUCUCUGCUCUACUGGAGGAUCCACGCUGUAAACUGGAGAAACUACAGCUGUGGGGCUGCAGUAUUGGAGAGGAAGGCUGUGCUGCUCUGAUUUCAGCUCUGAGAUCAAACCCCUCACACCUGACAGAACUGAAUCUAAGUCGCAAUGAACCAGGAGACUCAGGAGUGAAGCUGCUCUCUGCUCUACUGGAGGAUCCACACUGUAAACUGGAGAAAUUACUGCUGUGGGGCUGCAGUAUUGAAGAGGAAGGCUGUGCUGCUUUGAUUUCAGCUCUGAGAUCAAACCCCCUACACCUGACAGAACUGAAUCUGAACUUUAAUAAACCAGGAAACUCAGGAGGGAAGCAACUCGCUGUUUUACUGGAGGAUCCACACUGUAAACUGGAGAAACUACAGCUGUGGGGCUGCAGUAUUGGAGAUGAAGGCUGUGCCGCUCUGAUUUCGGCUCUGAGAUCAAACCCCUCACACCUGACAGAACUGAAUCUGAGCAAUAAUAAGCCCGGAGAAUCAGGAGUGAAGCUGCUAUCUGCUCUACUGGAGGAUCCACACUGUAAACCGGAGAAACUAUAUAUUUGACAGUGGAAACUCCACAAGCUCCAAACAAGUGAAUUAAAACAACACGUCCUGAACAAGAUUGUCACCUGGAUAAAUGCAGAUACUGAUCCAGCAGUUUAAAAGAACAGAACAGUAUUAACAUAUUCUAGUUGUAUUCCAAACACUAGGUACUUGGAGUAAUCUGGCUAAUAAUAAAGUUUUUUUUUUUUUUUUUUUUUUUUUAAUUUUUAUGUUAAUACUGUAGACUGAGCCAUUAAUAUAGUCCCUCCAAAUGUAAUGCCAGCUGUUUGUCCAUUACAGGCUUUAAUUCAUUCAUUAAAACAAAUCAAAACAAUAAGUCAAUAAGAUAACUAUAAUAAUCCUCAGUGAGAGUAAUCCUCACUGAGAGAAACACCAGUAUGUAAAUGAGUAAUUUUCAAAGCUGAAAAAGAGAGUGAGAUACCUACAUACUGUAGUUUCUAAACUAGACACAAUAUACAUAAGACAACAAUCCAAAAUUCAAGUUCAAACUUGCAGGAAUAACACCUGCAGGAGAAUAUUUUUAUUCCAGUUUAUUCUCCCUCGUCUUCCUUUUGAUUGUAUUAUUAAACACAUUCAUAUGUAGUUUUAAUUUAAUUUUGUAUUAUUAAUGUUUAAUGUUUAGCACAUUUCCAUGUUCUGAAGCUGUAAAUGUUUUGGCAAAUCAUUUGUAUUAUGUUAUUCAUGCCAAUAAAACAACUUAACAACAA